CAGCAGCCGGUUCCUGUCAGCGGCGGCGGGUGGCGGCGCCCGGUCCUCGACGGCGAGCGGAGCCCCCCGGCCUGGCCCGACCCGGUCCGAUUCGCGGCCCCGACGUGCGGAGCGCCGCGCUCUCGCCUGCCGGUGUCUCCCCUCCCCACCCCGGGGCGGCGGAGGUAGCAGCCCCCCCCUCCCGGCCCGGCCCCCCCCUCCUCCCGCCGCUCCCCUCGCCCCUGCCGGGCCGCGGAGCUGCGAUGCCCUCGGACUUCAUCUCUCUGCUCAGCGCCGACCUCGACCUCGAGUCCCCCAAGUCCCUCUACUCCAAGGAAUCUGUCUAUGACCUUCUCCCAAAGGAGCUGCAGUUACCACCUUCCAGAGAAACAUCUGUAGCAUCCAUGAGCCAAACAAGUGGUGGCGAGGCAGGUUCGCCGCCUCCAGCUGUAGUUGCUGCUGAUGCUUCUUCAGCUCCUUCCUCUUCCUCCAUGGGCGGUGCUUGCAGCUCCUUUACCACCUCUUCCAGUCCUACCAUUUACUCUACCUCAGUCACCGACAGCAAGGCUAUGCAAGUGGAGAGCUGCUCCUCAGCCGUGGGGGUAAGUACCCGAGGGGUAAGUGAAAAGCAGUUAACCAGUAACACAGUCCAGCAGCAGCAGUCAACGCCGAAGAGACACACAGUCCUGUACAUCUCGCCACCACCUGAGGACUUGCUGGACAACAGUCGGAUGUCCUGCCAGGAUGAGGGCUGUGGAUUGGAGUCAGAACAGAGCUGCAGUAUGUGGAUGGAGGAUUCACCCUCCAACUUCAGUAACAUGAGUACCAGUUCCUACAAUGAUAACACUGAGGUGCCACGUAAAUCACGCAAACGAAAUCCAAAGCAGAGGCCAGGGAUCAAACGUCGAGAUUGCGAAGAGUCCAACAUGGAUAUAUUUGAUGCCGACAGUGCCAAAGCGCCUCACUAUGUCCUUUCUCAGCUCAGCACGGACAGCAAAGGCAACUCAAAAGCAGGAAAUGGAGCAUCAGAGAACCAGAAAGGAGCUGGAGGGAAGAAGACCCCAAUGUUGUGUGGUCAGUAUCCAACUAAGAGUGAGGGGAAGGAGCUGAAGAUAGUGGUACAGCCGGAAACCCAGCACAGGGCUCGUUAUCUGACUGAAGGCAGCCGAGGCUCAGUGAAAGACCGUACACAGCAAGGCUUUCCAACUGUAAAGCUGGAAGGUCACAACGAGCCGGUGGUGCUGCAGGUAUUCGUGGGUAAUGACUCCGGUCGAGUGAAGCCGCAUGGGUUCUACCAGGCCUGCAGAGUUACUGGGAGAAACACUACUCCCUGUAAAGAAGUGGAUAUAGAGGGGACUACUGUUAUUGAGGUUGGACUGGACCCAAGCAACAAUAUGACACUUGCGGUUGAUUGCGUGGGAAUACUGAAGCUGAGAAAUGCUGAUGUUGAAGCUAGGAUAGGGAUUGCUGGUUCCAAGAAAAAAAGCACACGUGCUAGGCUGGUAUUUCGUGUUAACAUCACUCGUAAAGAUGGCUCAACUUUGACUCUUCAGACACCUUCUUCCCCAAUUUUGUGCACUCAACCAGCAGGAGUUCCAGAGAUCCUAAAGAAAAGUCUGCACAGUUGCUCAGUGAAGGGUGAAGAGGAAGUUUUUCUGAUUGGCAAGAACUUUCUAAAGGGAACAAAAGUGAUUUUCCAAGAGAAUGUUUCUGAUGAGAAUUCUUGGAAGGCAGAAGCUGAAAUAGACAUGGAAUUAUUUCAUCAGAAUCACCUUAUUGUGAAAGUGCCACCAUAUCAUGACCAGCAAAUAACUUCAGCUGUUUCUGUGGGAAUAUAUGUGGUGACCAAUGCUGGAAGAUCACACGAUGUGCAACCAUUUACGUACACUCCAGAUACAUUGUGUUUUGUCUCAACAGCUGGUACUCUGAAUGUUAAUGUGAAGAAGGAAAUCUCCAGCCCAGCCCAACAUUGUUCUUUUGAAGAGGCUAUAAAAGCAGUGAAAGCCACUGGUUGUAACCUGGAGAAGGUAAACAUUCUUCCUAGUGCCUUGAUAACUCCACUCAUGCCAAGCAGUAUGAUUAAGAAUGAAGAUGUGGCUCCAAUGGAAGUAAGUGCAGAAAAAAGAUCUCCCCCUGUCUUCAAGGCUUCAAAUGUGGUUGGACCAACUCAACAAACAUUGGAAAACAGUAUGUCUGGCAUAUCAACUUCUGCUUCCCAUUUACCUUCUGAAAAUGAAAACCAGCAACAAAUACAGCCGAAGGUGUAUAAUCCAGAGACACUAACUACUAUUCAAACGCAGGACAUUUCCCAGCCUGGUAGCUUUUCAGCAGUUUCUACUCCGGGUCAGCUGCAGAACAGUGAUGCAUUAUUGCAGCAAGCUGCACAGUUCCAAACAAGAGAUUCCCAAACCAGGGAAGUCUUGCAAUCAGAUGGCACAGUAGUCACUUUGUCACAAUUAACCGAUGCAUCACAACAACAACAGUCUACACUCUCAGAACCAGCACAGGCAUUGCAGCAACAGAUUUCAUCAAGUAUUUUCUCAUCAGCGAGUGGUGUGAGUCAGUUACAGAACACUAUACAGCAACUGCAAGCUGGAAAUUUUCCAACAAACACUGCCACUGGCAGCAAUAGAAAUGUUGACUUGGUGCAACAGGUAUUGGAAGCUCAACAGCAGUUAUCUUCUGUUUUGUUUUCUGGUUCAGACAGCAGUGAGGAUGUUCAAGAUCAGCUAAAUGCAGAUAUCUUUCAGCAAGUUAGCCAGAUACAAAAUAGCGUAAAUCCUGGGAUAUUUUCCUCAUCAGACACAGCUGUCCAUUCCAGACCAGAGAACCUUUUGCCUGGACGAGCUGAAAAUGUUCAUUCACAGCCUGAAAAUGCAUUGUCCAACCAACAGCAACAACAACAGCAGCAGCAGCAGCAGCAGCAGGCAAUGGAGACUUCUGCGGCAAUGGUGAUAGGAAUCCAACAAAACAUUUGCCAAGCUGCAACACAGAUGCAGUCUGAUUUGUUCUCAUCAACAACUUCAGGGAAUGGAGCCCUCCAACAGUCACCUGUUUACCAGCAGGCUUCUCACAUCAUGAGUGGGUUAUCAACAAGCGAAGACAUGCAAAUGCAGUGUGAAUUAUUCUCUUCAUCUCCUGGUGUUUCUGGAAGUGAGACUACUCCUACUGCUCAGCAGCAGGUCUCCAACAAUGGACCUACUAUGUUUCAGGCAUCAAAUUCUGCAGAUGGAGAAGAAGCUUCAGGACAGAGUAAACAGAUGCAAAGUACUGUAUUUCAGACCAUGGUUCAAAUGCAGCAUAGUGGAGAAAGUCAAUCUCAAGUUAAUAUCUUUUCAUCUACCAAAAACAUGAUGACUGUUCAGGCAAGUGGAACUCAACAACAAGGAGGUGGUCUGUUCCAGCAAGGUGGAGAAAUCAUGUCUAUUCAGUCAGGAAGCUUUAUGCAGCAGUCUCCACAUUCACAAGCUCAGCUUUUUCACUCUCAGAAUGCUAUUGGUGAUACUCAGAAUAUAUCACAGGAAACACAAGGCUCUAUUUUUCACAGUCCAAAUUCCAUUGUCCACAACCAGACCAGUACUAAUUCCUCAGACCAACUGCAGCCUCCAAUGUUCCACUCACAGAAUGCCAUGGGUGUAUUACAGAGCUCUUCAGUUCCUCAAGACCAGCAGUCUGCCAACAUGUUCCUUUCCCAGAGUUCAAUGAGCAACCCUGCAACUCAGGAAGAACAGAUGUCAUUCUUUACAAGCCCAAAUUCCAUUUCUCCUCUUCAGACAGCAACAAAUACUGAACAGCAGACUUCUUUCCAACAGCAGACACAGAUCUCUCAUAUCCAGAGUUCUAUGCUUCCCCAAGAACAGCCCCAGACUCAGCCUGCUCAGCAAGGUUUGUUUCAGUCUCAAGUGUCGUUAGGCUCUAUCCAGUCCAGUUCAAUUCCUCAGAACCAACAAGGAGCUAUCUUCCAGCCUCAGCAUUCGAUAGUUGCUAUUCAGAGUAGUCCUCCGUCUCAAGAGCAGCAGCAGCAACAACAGCAGAACAUGAUGUUCAGUAAUCAAAAUGCAAUGAGUACAAUUGCUUCUCAAAAGCAAAACAUGAUUUUCAAUCCAAAUCAAAACCCAGUUACCAACCAGGAGCAGCAAGGCCAGUCCAUUUUUCAUCCACAGACUAACAUGGCAUCAAUGAACCAGGAGCAGCAGCCCAUGCAAUUCCAGAGUCAGACUACAGUGUCUUCUCUUCAGAAUCCUGGAUCCAACCAGGCUGAAACACAGCAGCCAGCCAUCUUCCAUAACUCACCCCAGAUUCAGUUGGUCCAAGGGUCACCAAGUUCUCAAGAGCAACAAGUCACCCUCUUCAUCUCUUCAGCUUCCAUGUCUGCCUUGCAGAAUAGUAUGAGCCAGCAAGAGCUGCAGCAGUCUCCUAUGUACUCUUCUCAAAACAGCAUGGCAGGAAUGCAAGGAACUGCUUCUCCUCCACAGCAACAAGCUUCUUUAUUUCACAACACAGCAGGAGGUGCUAUCAACCAGCUGCAGAAUUCUCCUGCUUCAUCUCAGCAAACAUCAGGAAUAUUCCUGUUUGGCAUUCAAAACAACUGUGGGCAGCUGCUAACUUCUGGACCAGCUACGUUGCCGGAUGAGUUGAUGGCUAUAAGUCAGCCAGGUCAGCCACAGAGCGAAGGACAAGCAGCAGUGCCAACGCUUCUCUCCCAGCAGAUAUCUGAGACUUCUCCGCUACCUUCAGCUAUGGCAACCAAUCAGAAUAUUGAGAAAAUAGAUGAUCUGCUUGUGUCAUUGCAAAACCAGGGGAACAAUAUGGCUGGCUCAUUUUAAUUAGUCAAAAAUUCUGUGAAGAAAAAAGCGAUGAUUUUCCAGAUCCUGUCAGACCUUCCGCCUCUGGAUUAGGCCGUGUGGAACUGAUUGCUUCUGUCAAAAAGUGGCCCUCUUCUCUCAAGAGCACACACAUGGCCAAUUGCAGCGUCUAGCACCUAAGGCCGUGACCAUAGUAUUUGGGUUUUGUAGUGCCAAUAAUGCUGAAAAGCUAUGCUUUGUUUUACUAGGGCAUGGGAUUGUACUGUUACCAGAUUCCUGAACCUCAUUAACAGUGGGGUGCUCUUUGAAUUUAAAGCAUAUCUGGUCAGUUGUUAUUGUUGUUAGAAGGUAAUACACAUUACCACGUUUACUUUUUUUCCUCCUCUUCCUUCUUGACAUCCCCUCUUUUGACUAGAAAAGCUUGUGAAGCAGAAACAUCAAAUGCCUGUGACAUGAGCCAUGACUCAUAACUGUCAGUAAGUGAAGGGAUCGCAUGUUUUACAGUUGAGUGGGAGAGCUAAUACUGCAGUUUGUUAAUUGCAGUAGGUGGCAAUGAAAAAUACUGAUAACUGUAAUGAGCAGAGAAUUGCUUGCUGCUGUAGAUAGCCAGAGGUGGGUGCUUCCCAUCUGAGAAUGUGAUUAACGGUUUUCCAUGUCUCUUACAUGUAACUGUAUAUAGAGCAAGGGUUUGGUGGCUCUAACAAAAUGAAGAAAUGAAGGGGAACUUUCAGUUAAAUUUUACUUUUAAAAUCUUACCCUCUAAAAUACCAUCAACUUGAAAAGAACUUUCUGCCUGGUUGAGGAAGGAACUCCUCUGUGUCUCUCACUCUGACUGUAUGGGUUAGAACUCUGUAAAGCUUCAUUAGCCAUUCUCAAACCAGCCUUCUCCCUUUCAUUCUCUUCAUGGUUUUCCUUCUCUCUCCCUCAGUUUCAUAUUGCGUUUUAAGAGAGACAUAAAUAUCCUACUGGCUUUAAAGAUCAGAAGCAGCUUUUAGGAAUCCAUGGCAUUAAAUUGCUUAGUCAGUAGAAGUUUUGACAAAUAAUCAAGGAUUAAGGAGAGAGGAAGCAAUUUCUCUACCAUCUUCUAAAUGCAGGAAUCCCCCAUAACCAGUCAUUUUCCAGCUGUUACUGAUGUAAAUCUUCAGCUUGACUUUAGUCCAAGUAGGGGGCAAACUACAUCAUUUUUAAGCAUUCUUGAAAAUUUCACUUCAUCCUGAGCUGUUGCAUCUUUGUAGCAUAUUGAGCUCACUGCAGUUUUGAAGUGAUUUUCUUUUUUCUACCAACAGUCCCCAAGUCUAGUUUCUAGAUUGUCAUGUCUCAAUUUAAAAAAAAAAAAAAAAAUUGACUGAUGUUACAGAAUGUAAAAACAACCCACUCCAGACCAUGCAGUUGUAUUGUGAGGCAUGUGAAUUUUUUGGGUGCUCCAACUAUCCGGACAGUUUUGUGAUAUCUCACUACAGCCUCAUUCAGAUAUUUGUUUCUUCUCCUUCUGCACGUAGAAAGCUGUUGCUGCAGUUAGAGCCCAACAGCUGUCAUGUAUGGCGAUUAUGCCUUGGUAGAGUGUAGUUGGUAUCAUGUCAUUUUUCAUUUUUGUUAUUUUAAAUAACAAAGAAUAGUCUGUAAAUGGUUUUUAAGUUACUCUAGUCUGUUUAAUGUGUGUUUUUCCCUUAACGUGUGUGCUUAGUUGAGCCGUGUAGAGUUUUUGUUUGUUUUAAUGGAUUUUCCUGUUCGUCAGUCUGUCAUAACGUUCACUUUCUCUUUCUGUCUCUCUCUUUCUCUCUCUCAUUGAGAGGCAUUGAAUUACGUUUUCAGUAGUAAGGCUUCUUGCCGAUAUGAAGGGAACUUUUCAGAAAGAGACCUGCUCUGGGUCAUUUAAUUUUGAAUACAGUUUUCAAUCGUUCAAGUUUUGGAUGGUUUAUAUCUAAUGUGUGUUUCAUUUUUUUGGAAAGCUAUAUUUUGUAUUUAGGAAAUGGUAUACUAUUUUGCUAUUUGUACUGAGUGAGUACAUUGGCAUAAAUAUAAAAAUUUAUAUAUAUACAUAUAUAUAAAAUAUUCUUUUUGCCACACAUUUUUGUGGUAAAUUUGUGAGUUUGUCUGAUGUUCUACCACAACGUGGCGUCUGAUAACAGUGGGGUGGGGUGGGGUUUGUUAUGUCUUUAUUGAGUAUUUAAGUACUUUUUGCAACAUAAAUAACUUGUUCAUCUCUCGCCAUUCCAUCAGGCAAUUUAUUGUUCCAGCUGGCUAUGAGAAGCUUCACUGCGUGCUUUGAUGUGUCUGUCACUCAGCAAUACGAUCUAGUAAGGAAACCCGUAGGCAUUUAGGCGUAUAUAAAAUAAUGGGGUUUCAUUCAGAAUGAGCCAUUCAGCUUUUAUCCACUAUCAUUGUCUAUUUAAUAUUUUAUUAUUAGCGCCUCUGUGUUUUAACUCUUAAUUUAUGAUUAUGCUAAAAUGUUUAAAAUUUUAAUCAUGAUAAAAAGAAUUCCCUGCUUCAUAAUGUCCAGAGCUGCUUUAACCCUGAACCAUACUUUUUCUUUCUGUGAUUUUUUUUUUUUCUUUUUCCUGCUAAGACAAAAUAUUAACAAAAUCUUGUUAUGGUUCAUGACAUGAAAACAGCUAUCUUGCAGCAUUGACUAAAAGCUAUAUGAGGCUAUGUAGAAGACUGAGAAUUAUGGACCGAAACAACUUCCAGAUGGUUGUGGAAGUUGAUCACCAGUUAUUCAAAAAUGAACUGGUGGCUUUUGCAGGAUCACAGUCCCAGGACAAGCUGUUGGGUGUCAUCUGGGGCCUUCAUACACAGAAGUAAUAGGAAUUACAAAUUCACUUGUGUGCUGCUUCAAUUUGUUCCAUUGUUCCGAAGGGGUGUAUCCUUACGUUGAAGUGCUGUUGGUCAGUGCCAAGUCACCAGGGACCAAUUCUCCGUUUAACAAGAUGGGUGUCCAAAAGAGAACUUCAUACCAAGACUGCUACAGCUCCAGGGGGAGGGUAUGUUUGAAUUGUGUGUGUAUUUUAGGUCGCUUAUGAAGAGAAGAGAGAAAAAAAAAAAGUUACAAAAAAAAAAAAAAAAAAAAAAAGGGCUGUGCUAUCCCAUUUUUCACUUCCGGAUAUCACCUUUCUUUUCUUAUGUUAAAUUUAUCUUGUUCAUUUUAGGUCAAUGUUUAAAUGUACAACACUUUGAACAUGUGAUUUGGUUACAAAAAGUAUUUGUCUUACGAAUGAAGAGAUUGCUCAGUGGUUGAUUAGUGCUUGAACUGCUGCUUGCAAACAGCUGUUACAGAGGAUAAAGAGAGGUUUGAUAAGCCAAUAAAGAGCUUAAAGACAGGCUGCAGGAUUUCAUGGCAGAAAGACCCAAGAACAGUGUGAGCCACAUCUGUAUUUUAUCAGUCCUGAACAUUUACUUUUGUAAUUUAAGCAGUUGAUACUGAUAAUUGGAGCUUACUCUACUUUUUUUUUUUUUUUUUUUUUAAAUCUUUGUGUUUACUCCUCUGCAUGCUCACACUGGCAUGCCUGUUAGCUCUGAGCAGAUGGAGUGCUUGCCUACAGAGAUGAGGCGGUGGCAUCACGUCUAGUCCAUUUUGGUUGAGAAAGUUAGAAGAUACUGAGAUAGUAGUCUCUAUAAAUGUGAAGUUUCUGAUAUUAUUAUAAAGGGGAAGUUACUAUCAUAUCCACAAAGCAGCAAUUAAGUAUAGAAGAUAUUACUAGGUGAAAAAUGAAAAACUGUAGAGCUGCAUUGCUGGGAUGGAUUUUCUGUAUCUUGGUUUUUUUCUGCUGCUUGAGCUUGCUCUUAAAAGAAUUGUUAAAUCUAAACCUUCAUGUUAGAUGUGGGCUAUACUCUUCAGCUGUAUAUGCCUCUAAAGCACCCAUGGUCCACUAUCUGCACAGCAUCCGUGGUGCAUGGUGGUUUACAGAACAGCGAUUUGCUGGCACAGAUUAAAAUCUAGGGAGUCGUACCUGCUAGCUACCCGUUGUGACUUCUGCAUACAUUCUCUUGUCCGCUUAUACACUAUGUGUGUGUGUGUGUGUAUAUAUAUAUAAAAAACCCAUGUGAAUAACACAUAAUACGCAGUUAUUAGGUAAACAUCUCCUCUGGCAGGAAUUUACUGGUGCUUUGUGCUUAAUUAGCAAGUCCACAUUUUGUUGUUAAUUGCCUCUUCACUGUCUGAUCUUUCAACAGGUAUUCAAGCCAAAUGUUUUGCUAUUAUUUUAACAUAAAAAUAGUUCAAGAAAUAAUUUCAGCCUUGCUGUUUCAAAGUGGAUGUUUAAUCACCAAUCACUUUAUAAUUACUUCUAACUACUGACAGGGUGGUUACUUCCUAUGUAGUUUUAAGAUAGAGUAAAGCAUGAACAGUUAAGUGUUUGUAACUUUGGCAGGUUUUUUUACUGGAAAUACUAAGAGCCUGGGCAGCUGUAUCAGUUGACAUUCCCCUGAUUUAGAUAAGUUGAAUUUUUAUUUUUUUUUUAAAGCUUCUAUUGUGAUUUUGAUUUAGGAUAUCAUUUCUAAAAGAAAACUUGUCUGAACAGAUUUUCUACUCCUAUGACCUUUCCAGAGUCUUCAGAAAGAAUACCAAACAAGUCAGAAGCUUGCAUUUGUCUUAAAACAUAGUUUAAAUUGCAAUUUGAGUAGCAGGAAAGAUGACUUACUAAAAAGUAAAAUCAAAAAAGUUGUUACUGGGCUAAAAAAAGCUACAGGUAGUUUCCCCCAAGGGUACGUACGUGUGUGUGCAGGCAUGCACAUGCACAUUCGUUAAGAGUUAGAAAAGAGUUUCACUGUCAGUCUUUGAAUUCCAUGCCUCUGUAUGGCAAAUGGUUGGGUUAUUUUUUCAGGGUAAAUACAGGAGCGGAGUACAAGGAAUUAUGGAUAUUUAUCUGAGUGAUAGAAGCAAGAAUGAGGAGAAUGAAUUGCUUUGCAUGCUCUGAGCUAUGAGUUGUAGGUGGAAAGUGAGAAGAGGAAAUACUGAUCACUGGUGACUUCUCAUUAGUGCAAAAUUUAUUUUCAAGGAAUAGGUGUGUUUGGUGUUCCAGAGGACUGGUGGCAGCUCUGUUGUUUUACAAGCUAAAAGGAAACUAGUACUGAGAUGCUUGCUUUGUUUGUUUGUGGUUUUUGUUUUAAUUUGGAAUAGUCUUUUGGGAUAGCUUGUGAGCACUUCAUGUUCAUAUUCAGACCAAUUAUGCCAGUGGUGUACGACAGUAGUCACCUGAGCCCACAAAGGGGCACGUCUGCCUGUGCCCCCUGCAGGCUGGGAAUCGAGCAUAGAGGGUCACUGUGGGAAAUGUGGUAAAUGUUCGUUAGAUACAAGGAAGAAUGCAGCAGCAGAUAAACUCCUGUAAAAGUGUACUUGUAAAAUUCUCUAGUUGAGUAUGAGGCUCAGAGGGGUUACACAGGAGGAAAGGCUUUUCCUUUCUUAUAAUCUGUAUAGGUAUGUAAAUAUGCAAUGCCUGUAUAUUCUAGGAUAUAUAUAUGUAUAUAGAGGAAUCGUAUAUCUAUUAUAUAUAAAUAAUUAGUAGACACAUGCAUAGAAUACUGUUAUAUUUACAUUUUUAUAAACCUGAAAUACUACUACUUUUCCUUAGUCUGAGGUUAUUUACCAAGGUUUUUGUAGUAACUCAUUAAUAGUUGUAUCAACACCUUUCCGUACUGUACGUGUGGCGCUGUUGGUAAUGUUGCUCCAGAAACUUGCUCGGCUUGUGAACGUCACUAAUAUCCAUGGGUUGAAAACAGCUGUACACUUUUGUAUUUUUAUAUAUUUUUAUUAAUAAUUGCAGAUGUGGUGUUAGCUAAACAGUAGACCUGACAGCCUCGGUUGAGAGCCUGCCCACUGGAUGGGCUCAGGAAACGCAGCAGCGGCUGUCUGCUUCUGUGUGCUCCCCUGCCAGCUUUCCUCAAGUGACUCCUGACUUCGGCACCUUUUCCAUUCUCAGUGUCCCAGCAGUUCGUGCCGAUAGGGAAUGGUGGUGGCUGUGUUGCUCCGGAGGAGCUGGGCUGACACCAGCAGCUCUCUCCCAGUGAGGGUUAUUAAUUGUUCUUGCAUAGCAAAGGAUCCCGUUUGCUGCUUAGCUGGGUUGUGUUUGGAUCGGGAAGGUGAAGCUUAAUCUGUCAUUCCUCUUCUCUUUAUUCUCAUAAAGGCAGGCAUCUUUAAUUUUUUUUUGUUGUUUUUUGACUGAUGUUUUACUGUAACAGUCAAUAUCUAGAAAACUCUCUCCUUGAAAGCUGGUGAAAGCUCUUCUUGGUUUUUAGCUGUGAGGAACCCUGCUGCGACUUGUACUGAUUUCUUACAGAUUGUGUGAGAAAUUAAACCCCCUGAAAGAAAUCCAGAUCAUAAAAUCAAUAGCAUGUAUUUUGUCCACCACAACUCUUCAUGCCAAAUCAGGGGUGUUCUGCUGCAGUUUGGCAUGAGGUUGGUCAAUAGACAUUGCCCUGGUACAGGCUUCAUCAAAGCACCUCUGCCAAACCAAAAGCAAAUGGCCUCAUUUCUUCUCUUUGAGCUGUCAGUUUGCAGGUCUGAUUUCCGCUGUUUCCAGAGAUCUGUAAUUUUUGCUGUUACGGUUCAUGAAAUUGCCUCACAACAUUCAAGUGUAUUGGGACAAGGGUGAGGAAUCCAAGGAUUUCCUUGCUUGCUGUGGGACACUCACAGACAUUCUGCGAGUGCUUGGUUCAGACUCCAAAACUCCAACACCCAGCAGCAGCCCACUGUACAGUAUUCCAGUUGUCUGUAUUUGCUCCAGGAUUCAGAUUAGCAAAGGGUCCUGUGUUCAGAUCGCGUAAAUGGCCUUCACUUCUUUUUAGCCCCUGGAACUGCCCCUUGGUGAGCCGGGGAAGGUCUGGCCCGCGUGUCCCUUGUGCAGGUGGGUCCUCACGCAUGAGUACAGCCGUCCCGGAGGUCGGGAUAACGGCGCUCGAGGGGAAAAGCUCCCUUUUGAAAGGAGGGAGCGUGGCGUUCCUGGGUGUUGCAGAACUGGAAACACAUUCCAGUAUUCCUGAAGCUUUUUUUAUUGUGGAUGCUGUUUGAGAUGAGGUUAUUUGAAAUAUUUACAUUUGAGCUCAUUAUUAAUGAGUAAGCUCCAAAAACCUUCAGAGCAGAGCUUUCUACCUCUGUUAGUAGCUGCAUCUUUUAAGUGGCUUACCUGCCUUUCUGCCAUGUGUUCCUGGAGCGCACUGGUCGACCGCUGAGCUGCCUCUUCCACUGUCCUGCGAUGUGAAAGUAGCACCAGAUAUUCCUUUGUGCAUUUCUGUGUAUAUGGCUUUCGUAGUUGGGAUUUUCAAAGCACUGAUACCCGGUGUUUUCAGUUUGUUCUAUGAGGGGAUAUUUUAUUUGCAUCUAUGUUUUUAGCUAUCCUGUGAUAACUUGUUGAAUAUUAAAAAAUAAAAAUAUUUUGCUUCUAUUGGGACAUUUGUAUACUCGCAACUAUAUUUCUGUAAACAGCUGCAGUCAAGAAUAAAACAAUGAAAGUUUUCA